AUGCCGACCCUUCCAUCUCACUCCCGCAGGCCUUCUGCGACACACCAACCUCGCCCGUCUCACCACCAAGACGCGCUGCCGUCACCUUCACCGUCCUCUCUCCCUAAACCCUCCAGUCGCUCGGCCGCUCCUCCGUCGCUGUUGCGCCUUCCCUCCACCGGAUCGCACGCCGCUCCCACACCCUCUCCUCCCGUUCGACGCGCAACAAACCCCACCACUCCUACCGUAACUCCAGGUCAAGCUUCAACCGCCUCAUCCGCAGCCUCUUCCUCGUACUUCUCACCAAGUCAGUCGUCUGCCCAACCGGCGCGCUCACCUGGUUCGAGAAAACCCCCUGCCUUCUUCAGUGGGCAUGGCAUAGACGCCUCGCGCGGACCUCCCAAUUCGCUCAUAACCCGCGGCAACGUCGACAUCGCGCGUCGUUCCCAGGGACCUAUCGACUCUAGUAUCCCUUCACCGCAAUCUUCGCGACCAGCUGCCGUCGCCCCAAGUGUCUCUGCCUCAUCGCGCGCACGAAGGGGCUCUGAGAGCUCCAACAUCACAGCGAUUGCGCGCCCAGACAUUCCCUUAACCUCGCAACGCGAACCGCAGGAAGAGACACCGAUGGAAGGAAUUUCAAGCUACAGCUCUGGCUUGCGCAGUCAAUCAGAGGAGCCGCAUGCGAAGUAUAGUGCAAACGGGUCGAUAUACACAUCCGGAACGGAAGGAGAGCAGAACGAGGAUCUGUUCAUUGCGGCUGCCAACUCGGGAGGGCCCGACCGCGCAGAUGCACCUUCAAGGGCCGACCGACUACGGUCGCGCAUAGCUAUAAGAAGCAAUCGGCAAUCAUUUCCGUCUACACUCCGCACCGGCGCAACGCCUUCAAAUAGAACAACACCAGCUGUUGAUUCCAUAACAGGAACGCAGAGACGCGCAUCCCAUUUCUCUUUCACACCGCGAUCUCAAAGAGAGCAAUCGCCGCUCACACCAGCCAAUCCGCUUGAAACACCGCGUUCCCGCGCUCUCGACUUGUCUCCGAAGCAGUCCUUUUCAUCACCGCGGACAAAGGAUCACGAGCUGUCCCCACAUCAAUUCCUGGCUCAACUAUCCCAGAGGCGACCUUCGUACCCUGACUCUACACUUACUCCCCCUACCCGUGCGCACACAUACCGACCAUCGAACCUGCAAUACACCUCGUCCCGCGUGAAUCCAGAGACAACUCGAGUUGAAAGCCAUGCAGAAGAUGCUUCCCGCGCCGGCACUACCGAAUCCGUAGAGUCUACUGGUCCGGCUGCUUCCGUCUGGGACGAGCUGGACGAGCUGAAAUCCAGAAUCCGAAGGAUUGAGUUAGGAGGGAAGAUUCCCACCACUUCCGGUGCUGCCGUCGCCAAUGCGUCUGCUGAGCGUCCAAGGACAGCGACCACUUCAAACACCACCGUCUCAUCGUCCCCGAAGCACCAACGCAAGGCGAAUCCAACGCCACCUGAUUCCACUGCUGGUGCUCAGGGGCCACAAAAGGCGCAUCCCCUCCUCAAAGAGGCUCUCGUCAAGGUGAAGCAACAUGUCACUCCAUCGGUAUACCGUGUGCUUGAAGCAACGGCAUCCGAAGCUUUGGCACUGGCCGAGAUGGCUGGGAGUGCAGGCCCGCAAGGCACUCUACAUUCAGCAAGCUCCAUUCUAGGCGGCGGCGUGGUACCGGACAGGCAUGUGCGCCGCAAAGCAGACAACAUCUGCCGCAGUCUCACCGAGCUGUGCAUCGAGUUAUGCGACAUGAAGGCGAGCGUUGCGAGUCCGGCGGUCAGGACAGCGACAGUUUCGGCUACGCGUCGACCCAGUGUCCAAGUCAACGGCGAAUCGCCUAAUGUCCGAGCGAGCGUCGAGCCUGAAAGCGACACUGUUCCACGCUCCAGCCCAAGCAGAGCGCUGAGUCGCAUCGAAGCCCGUAAAGCAAAUCUCAAGAUGAAUGGAACGACCACCCAGAUAAGCCCUUUGCAAUCGCACUUUUCAACCCGUCUGACGCGUACUGGGACCAGUAUGGAUCGGACUAACCGACACACUGAUGACGAGGACGAUGACCCGACCCUUCGAGCUCCAUCCCGAGCCAUGACCGAUUUUCGGGAUAUCCGUGCUGUAGCAUCACUACAAAGUCGACGCAUCAGCAGAGACUUCUCGCCGCGGGAGCCGAAACUGGAGUCGCAAUCUUUCCCGUCAGCUCAUUACACCCCUUCGUCGUAUCGCCGACCAACGGUCUCGGGCACUGAGAACAAUGUGCUUUUCCGCGAGACUCCUCGACGGUACAACCUAGACCGACAGAAUACCCCAGCGCCCGAGACCCAGAAUUCUACGGAGUUCACCAGCAGACUGGUGCAGCCAAGCACGCAGUACACUUCGAACAGGGCCAUGGCGGGGGCUAUGAGUCUUGCUCGGAGCGGCAGUCUGGGGAGGAGAGCGAUAGGAAACGGUGCUGGCGAGUGA